AUGGCCUCUCCAGGGCCGGGCCCCUCACCGCGGCUCCCCGUCCCUGCCCAGGCCUCCCACGUUGCCAUCGCGGUGCUGCACGCGGUCCUCGGGGGUUACCUGGUCUUUGCAGUCAAGAGCCUUCACCUGGUGGCGCUGAAGUCUUGGUACCCAUUCUGGGGGGCUGCCUCUUUCCUCAUUUCAGGGAUCUUGGCGAUAGCAGUGGCAGUGGUUUCGAAAACCUCUCUGAGGGCGCUGUGCCUGGUUGCGAACGUCCUCAGCUUCCUCUGCGUGCUGGCCGGCCUCUUCGUCCUUGCCAAGGACCUCUUCCUGGAGAGUCCAUUUGAGACCCCGAUCUGGAGACCGUACCCCAACAGCACAGUGCACAUCCAGAGGCUGCAGCUGGCCCUGCUCGGCCUCACCUGCCUGGAGUUCUUCCUGCUCGGGCCCACGACCGCCGUCGCCUGCCGGGACGACCCCCUGUCUGCAGAGAGGGAUGACUUGCCCCGUAUGCCCGACGCGGCGUGGGCGCCCCAGGAGCCGCCCCCAUCCUAUGAGGACGUGACAGGAGGAGGCACGUGGGAGGAGCCGCGGCAGAAGUGAAGAGGCCCUGGGCCCUGCCCACCAGCAGAAGAUUCACCCGGGUCCCCCCCACCCCCGGGAGCCCCCCUGCAAGGGGCCAACAGUGCUGUUUGGAGAACUGGGUGGCCUGUCCUGGUGGCCAAGGUGGUCGGUGGUCCCCAUCCCCUCGGGCACAGAAGGGCCUCCAGGCCCCCACCCCCUCCACCACCUCAGCACCUGGUUGGCCAGGGCACGGCCAGGCCCUCCCACGCACCCCGCCAGCUCAGGAGCAGCCCACAGGGCCCACACCACACCGCCCACCCUCCCUGACGCCUUCCCCCAUCGCCGGGGGUGUGGGGCCGGUCUGCGUGGGCUGCGAAGGAGCCAGAGGGGGUGACCGGUGCCCAGGAGGCCCGGCCUUUGCUAGACUCAACCUGUGAGAGUCUGGGCUCUGGGUCCCUGGGUGCAGGGGGGGCAGCAGCGACGCUGGGUCAGACAGAAACCACAACCGAGUCUUCCCUCCACUGUCCACCCGUCCCUCUGGGCCUCCGUGUCUCUGACCGCACCGUGCGGGGCAGGCGGGGGACGGGAGCACAGACCCCAGGGCCAGCUCUGAGUCAGGAGUCGGUCAGGGGUGCUGUGACGUCCUGGCCGCUGCGGUCGCCUGGGAGACGGCAGCCCCCCGAUUCCACAGCUGCUUGUGCUGAGUGACAGCGAGGGGAGGGACCGCCUUCCUCCCGUCCCCACACCCCCACCUCCCAGGGCGAUCUUCGCGAUGCCUGUUUGUGGGCCGGGCACAGGCCCUCUGCCUGCCCUUACACUGGGUUUUUCCCGUGUAAUAUUACGCGAGGGGACACUAUCGGCGACAGCGAGUCCGUGUCUCCCCGUGAGAAGCAGCUGACCCAGGACCAGUGUGAACAGGAUGAGAAUAAAGCAAUGUUCGCCUGCCCC